AUGGCCAUGGCUAGCGUUACGUCUGAUCUGCCUGUUACUCCUCCUCUGCCUGCUACUAUGAAGGCUCUCCGAUAUGAGAAGCCGGAGGUCUAUGGCCUUGUCGAAAUCCCUUUGCCUAGUAUUCGCGACAAUGAUGUUCUGAUCAAGGUCAAGGCCUGCGGUGUCUGCGGUACUGAUCUUCAUAUCCAUGAAGGGGAGUUCCUUGCCAAGUUUCCUCUGGUGCCUGGCCAUGAAACCGUCGGUGUCGUUGCUGCCGUCGGUCCCAAGGUCAAGGGCUUCAAGGUCGGGGAUCGUGUCGUCGCCGACAACUCUGAGCUUUGUGGAGAGUGCUUCUACUGCCGUCGUGGCGAGGAGCUGCUCUGUGAGCAUUUCCAGGCACACGGUGUCACCAUGAAUGGCGGAUUCGCCGAGUACUGUGCCUACCCUGCUGGCAGGGUAUUCAAGAUCAAGAAUCUGUCCGAUGUCGACGCUACCCUUUUAGAACCCGCGUCCUGCGCUGCUCACGGUCUUGACAAGAUUGCUCCCAAGAUGGGCUCUUCCGUCCUCCUUUUCGGUGCUGGCCCUACUGGUCUGAUCCUUGCUCAGAUGCUCCGCCUUAACGGUGGAUGCCACGUUGUGGUUGCUGCCCCGGCAGGUCUGAAGAUGGAUUUGGCCAGGUCUCUCGACGCAGGCGACGAGUACAUUGAACUCUCCCGCACCGAUCCAGCUGCCCAGUUCGCCCAAAUCCAUGAGGAGAACCCGUAUGGCUUCGACAUUGUCGUCGAGGCUACUGGCAGUGCCAAGAUCCUCGAGGACGCCAUCAACUACGUCCGUCGCGGCGGUAAACUUGUCGUGUAUGGCGUGUAUGCCAACAGUGCCCGCGUUUCAUGGCCGCCUAGCAAGAUCUUUGGCGACGAAAUCACCAUCAUCGGUAGCUUCUCCGAGGUCUACAAGUUCCCCGCUGCCAUUAGUUACCUCGACUCGGGAAAGGUCAAGGUCAACGGCAUCGUAAACAAGGUCUUCACGAUCGAAGAGUGGGACCAAUGUCUGGAAGCACUCAGGAAUAAAUCCGCCAUCAAAGCUGCUAUUACCUUCUAG